AAUUGAUUGAGGUCGACAUCAUCAAUUCAAUUCUUCCUCUAAACCACUAACGCCCUUCGAAGCAGCCACCAAUUGAGCGCCGCGACAACAUCAACAAGAAUAGAUCAUUCAACGCUUCAAAAUGGCCUCAAUUGCGCGUUCCUCUCUGCUUAGGCAGACCGCUAUGGCUUCUCGAUUGGCCGCUGUCCCCGCGACCCGAACCACCUUCAUGCCUAUGCCUAGCAUCCGAUCUCAGCUUAAGGGUGUCGCUGCUUUCCACAACACUGCUCGACGAUCUGCUAUUCUCCCUCCCGGACCUCAGCGCAUCGAGGGUGGUGUCAACGACCCUGCUCCCAUCCCCGAGCCCAACGCCGCGCACGGCUCUUACCACUGGACCUUCGAGCGUCUCCUCGCCGCCGGCCUCGUCCCCUUGACCGUCGCUCCCUUCGCCGCUGGAUCUCUCAACCCUACUCUCGACGCCAUCCUCUGCAGUGUUCUACUCCUCCACUCCCACAUGGGCUUCCAGCAGGUCGUCAUCGACUACAUUCCCUCAAGGACCUACCCCGGCCUCCGAAAGAUCUUCAACUGGCUCCUCAACAUUGCGACUGUCCUCGUUGGUGUUGGACUGUACGAGUUCGAGACCAACGACGUUGGUAUCACCGAGGCUGUCCGACGAGUGUGGAAGGCAUAAAGUGGUUGAGCGUUGAUUGGCGUGUGUAAGGUAUGAAGGAUGCUGUUGAUAGUACUACUUGUCGCGCAGAUUUGUGACUGCAGACACCUGUAUAGAAAAAUUUCCCUUGAGUUAACGAAGAUUGCGUCAAUUUCACAUAAGACGGCUCUUUUACUUUACUACCGAACCUAAGGUUCCGGUUUCUGGUUUCCAGCGCGUCUUGGCUUGUGAAAUUUGUAGGCUUUGUCAACGCUUUCAGAGUCUAAGAAGCAGCUGCGCAAUAUCAAUUUUUAUUGUUCAAGCUCGUUAUUCUGUUCUGUACUAAUUUCCGCAAUAUCAAAUCCUUAUCUCAGUCCAAUCCAGCUG